CCCUUGGCCGCUGCAUUGUGGGAGAGGCCGGGCGGCGGGCCGCACGUUGCAGCGCCAUGGCGGCUGGAGGCAGGAGAAAACUGGCAGAGCUGAGUGUUGAUGAAUUUUUAACUUCCGGAUUUGAGUCAGAAGUUGAUGGUGACUCAGAAGAGGAGACAUCAGAGCUUGUGGAAGAGCCUGCUAACGGGAAACAAAGCCAGAAUGGGCAGGCAGGAGGAAAGAAGAAGAAGCUACUCAAAGUUAAAACUGCAGAAAAGAAAGUGAAGAAAGGAAAGGCAACCGAGCACAAAGACCAACUCUCGCGGCUGAAGGAACGAGAUCCUGAAUUUUACAAGUUUUUGCAAGAAAACGACCGUUCCCUGCUGAACUUUGAUGACUCAGACGGCUCUGAUGAGGAGGAGAAGGGUCUGCACACGCUGCCUGAAACGCUGGAGGAAGCAAGUGACGAGGAGGAGGAGGAGGAAACGGUCAAGCGGAAGAAAGCGGACUUUAUCACCGUGACUUUGAAGAUGGUGGAACAAUGGAAACAGGCUGCAGAGAAGCAACUAACCCCCAGGCUCUUCCAUGAGAUCACUCAGGCCUUUAAAGCAUCUGUGGCAACUACCAAAGGAGAUGACGGUGGGGCCGACCCCAGCAAAUUCAAAGUCACUGACAGUGCCGUGUUCAAUGCCCUGGUGUCCUUCUGCAUUCGGGAUCUCUUUGGCUGCCUGCAGAAACUGCUUCAGGUGAAGAUGCUGAAAGACAAAUCAAAGAUGGUGCUGCCCUCUACCAGCCCACUCUGGGGCAAGCUGAGGCUGGACGUCAAGGUGUACCUGAGCUGCACCAUCCAGCUCCUGUCUUGUUUAACGGAAGCGUCUGUCGGAGCUGCUGUGCUUCACCACGUCAACGCCAUAGUCCCUUAUUUCUUGUCAUUCCCAAAGCAGUGCCGCAUGCUGCUCAAGCAAGCCAUCCGUCUGUGGAGCACGGGCGAAGAAACCGUGAGAGUGCUGGCCUUCCUGGUACUCAACAAGAUCUGCCGCCAUAAAAAGGAGCUGUACUUGAACCCCGUGCUCAAGCAAAUGUACAUCUCCUACGUGAAGAACUCCAGGUUCACCUCCCCCAACGUCCUCCCUAUGAUCAACUUCAUGCAGCGCACCCUGACGGAGAUGUACGCCCUGGACACGCGGGUGUCCUACCAGCACGCCUUCAUCUACAUCCGCCAGCUCGCCAUUCACCUGCGUAGUGCUAUGACCCUGAAGAAGAAGGAGAACUACCAGUCUGUUUACAACUGGCAGUACAUCCACUGCCUGUACUUCUGGUGUCGGGUCCUGAGCACCAUCUACCCCAGCGAGAUUAUGGAGCCGUUAAUUUACCCUCUGACCCAGGUCAUCAUUGGCUGCAUUAAGUUGGUGCCCACGGCUCGUUUCUACCCCUUGCGGAUGCACUGCGUCAGGGCCCUUACGCUGCUUUCUGAGAACACCCGGACCUUCAUCCCGGUUCUGCCCUUCAUCCUGGAGAUUUUCCAGCAAGUGGAUUUCAAUAAGAAGCCAGGCCGCAUGAGUGCCAAGCCCAUUAACUUCGCAGUCAUCUUGAAGCUGUCCAAUGCUAACCUGCAGGAGAAGGCUUUCCGGGAUGGCCUCAUCGAGCAGCUGUAUGACCUGACGCUCGAAUAUCUCCACGGCCAAGCCCACAGCAUCGGAUUCCCAGAGCUGACCCUGCCAAUUAUCAUUCAACUCAAAUCUUUCCUGAAGGAAUGCAAGAUCGCCAACUACUGCAAAGCGAUCCGGCAGCUCCUGGAGAAGUUGCAGGAAAAUUCUGCCUACGUCGCCAGUAGGCGUCAGAAAGCCACCUUCGGUGUGGCCAGCAGGGAGGCUGUGGAACAAUGGGAGAAGCAGGUCAAGGAAGAGGGGACACCUCUGACCAAGUAUUACGCUCAGUGGAAGAAGCUGCGGGAGAAAGAGAUCCAGCUGGAAAUCAGCGGCAAGGAAAGGCUCGACGACUUGAACCUCCCAGAAAUCAAACGGAAGCGGUUGGAGGACAGGAAGGAGGACGACAAGAAAGAAUUCAAGGACCUCUUUGAGCUGGACAGCGACUCCGACGGGGAGAGCGGUGGAUUCGCUGUGCAAGGAAAAUCAAAGGCCAAGAAAGCGCAGGGAUCCGCGGGGAGCCCGGACGUGAGCAGCGAGGAUGACGACGAAGAGGGCGAGUAUGACAUCGGGGAGGAAGAGGAAGCCAGUGACUCGGACGGGGGAGCUGAGGAGGGGCCCUCCACCUCGGAGGGGACCCAGAAGCAGCUGGCCUAUGCCAGGCGGCUGUCCUCAGCCGACCUCGAGCUGCUGGCCCAAGGGGAGGAGGACAUCGUGGAGGACCUUGAUGACAAUUACUUCGACGACCUAGCCGGUGACUGACGACUCCGCAAAUGCUCUGGGCUCCCUCCCUCUGCGCCUAGGAGGGCAAGCGUGUGCCCUCGCCGACAAUCGAAGCUGGUCGUGAUGGGAACUAGGCCGAGGGGGAGCCCCGAAGGAGGAGGUAGGAGCAGCAUGGGAUGGGCAGCCCUAGCGGGACAGAAUUUCUCACUGAUGCAGCAGAGACACUGCCUGGACCUUUUCCCCCAGAGUUACGUUAGUGGGAAUGCGGUGAAAUGUGUGGUCACGUCAGGACCAGUAAAACUGCUCAGCAAAGGUAAUAAAAAGCCCUCAUUAAACUCCAGUGCCUUAAAUAAUGCAGGGAUCAGCGCCAGCCUGCGGGAGCCCGAAGAAACCAGUCCCUGGAGGGACAGGCUCCUCUGCCCAUGUGGUCAGCCGCCCACGGGGCCACUCGCCCAUGGGCUGGGCACUCUGCCACGCUGGGCACAGGUUGCUUGCCAUGUGUGUCUUUGUAGCUUCCCGGUCCCUGGAAAGCAGCUGAGAGCCGUGUCCACACACACGAGCUUGGCAGACGAAGGGCGUGCCCCGGUCGGCGGGUCAGUUUGCCCGGGGGGAACGCAUCCGCCAAGGGAAGGCUGCUUCGCCCCCGAGCUCCUUGCUUGUCUGCAUCCAGAAGUGCUGCUGUGCAGGCACCACCGAAGACGGGCUGGCCGCAGUAGCGCUGCUUACCUGGGUGCCGAGAGGGUUUUUCAUAUUGUCCCUCCAGCACAGGUGAGCAAACUGGGCUGGCUCUCCCAUCAACGCUCUUGCUGUUAACCACGUUCCAGGCUCUCCGGUGCAUCCUUCCAGGGGGCUGCCGCAGGUUCAGCAGGGGGCAGGACCUUAACCCGCGGAGCCGCCGUUGCCGGGGAGAUGCCAGCUUGAAUCCCAGACCCCAUGUUUAGUUUGCAGGGCUGGCAAGCAGGCAGAUUUGAUAGCAUCUCAACACAUGUUCCUAAGUGUGACGCCAGGACGUGGCAUUUGGACCACGUCCCAUCUCUGAGGUUUGGAGGAGUGUGAUGAUUUUUUUUUUUUUUAAACAUUUCCAAUACCACCUUAGCAGGAGAGGGCUACAUGAAGGCAGGGGCAUCAUUGAGAUGCAGGGCCCCUGCUGCUUUCAUGGGAGUUUGUGGGUGCACGGGGUUGAUGAAAAUGAGGCCCCUGCUGCUAUGUGCACCCUUGGGAGUGCUUAUCAUGCAGCAGCCACCUCGUGCGAGGGGUCCAGUGACCGUACGUUCCUAUUGUACAUCUGAGGCGCUUCACGCAAACUCUUCCACAGCAAGGCUGUGACGCGCCUCGGGCAGAGGCAGGGCUAGAAACCAGCCCCCGUGGGUCCCUGUGCUCCAGCCAUUGCAUGGUGCUGCCGAUUGUGAGCAUCGCCAUGAAGUCAUGUUGAGAAAUGAAGGAACCGAUUCUAAGGUUGCUUCCCUGGGGCAGGGGUUAGAUUGGGAACAGCUGAUGAGAUUGAGUGAGUUGUGGUGAAAAACUAGUGGGAGAAAUGGACGUCAUUUUUCCCUCCACCUUCAUGCAAGCCAAGCACAAAGACUGCGAGGGCGGGGGUUUUCACAUGCUCAUUUUUCCCACUGCAUAAAAGUUAAAGUGAAAAAAUGUGGGAGAAGUGGGGACAGCCUCCCCUCUCCGGCUGCCAUUGGAUUGUACUGAGAGGAUAAAAGCCCAGCCAAACCUACCUUGUGCUGCUUUGUCAAAAUGUAAAAUGACAUUGGUGCAUAACUUGAUUUUUGGCUGGGAAACGUCAAAAGUCCCCCUGCCCUUUUUUUUUUUUUUUUUUUUUUAC